GUGCCAAAGAUACAAGCAUCGAUGUCAUCGAGACUUUAUAACUCACAGUCCAGCCAAGGUGAUAAACUAUGACAGACCACAGAAUGCUAUGUGGUCUCGACAAGGGAGGCCCUGGAGUGAGGAGGGUGCCAGACUCAGGGGUGAUAUUUGCAAUGGUUCACGAAAAGGGAGAGAGAUCAGCAAGGCAAACAGGCCAGGUACACAGUAUUAUUUAUCUGACAAACAGGCUAUGACUUCAGCUGAGGGAGAAGUGGGCUGAGGUAAGGAUGAAAAAGUGGCCAGAUACGAAAUGUCACAUUAAAUGGUCCUACAGGUUCCACAGGUGGGGGAGCCCGGGCUUUGAAAUAAGAGAAUCAUGUGAUCAGGUAUGUGAUUCAGAAACAUGUCUGCUAAUGGGUGAAGGAAGAAUAGUGAAAAACUCAGACAGGAUGUUCCAGUGCCCUCUCCAUCCUAAAUGCUCUGUUUUUCCUCACAGUAGCCCAGGAGGACAUUUCCCACACGGGGACACUGAAGUCUAGAGGCUAAAGGACAUGCCAGGGCAAACUUCAGUGGUUCAGUGGGUAGACAUGCCUGCUGUUAAGCCUGAUGGCCCAAGUUCAAUCCCCAAAACCCACAGGGUCAUUUGCAUAUCUUACAAUUAAGGACAGAACACCUCAGAUCUUAACCAAGGCUAUUGAUACAUUGCAUCGACAUAAAAGUGAAUUUUUUGAAAAACAUGGAGAGGAAGGAGUGGAAGCUGAAAAGAAAGCCAUCUCUCUUCUCUCCAAGUUACGGAAUGAAUUACAGACAGAUAAACCAAUUAUCCCCUUGGUUGAUAAACACAUCGAUACUGACAUAUGGAACCAGUACCUGGAAUAUCAGCGGAGUCUUUUAAAUGAAGGCGAUGGGGAGCCACGCUGGUUCUUCUCGCCCUGGUUGUUUGUAGAGUGCUACAUGUAUCGGAGGAUUCAUGAAGCCGUCAUCCAGAGUCCACCAAUCCAUGACUUCGAUGUAUUUAAAGAAAGCAAAGAUAAGAACUUCUUUGAGUCCCAGGAGUCCAUCAAUGCUCUGUGUACGCACUUGCAGCAGUUGAAACCAGCCAAAGACCUCAGUGAGAGCCAGCUGAAGGAUGAGUUUUUUAAACUUCUGCAGAUCUCUCUCUGGGGGAAUAAGUGUGACUUGUCUCUGUCAGGUGGAGAAAGCAGUUCCCAGAAGACCAGUGUAAUCGACUCUUUGGAAGGCCUAAAACCAUUCAUUCUGAUAAAUGAUACAGAAUCUCUUUGGACAUUGCUCAGUAAAUGCAAGAAAACAGCAAAACCACCUGUAGUUAGAGUAGAUAUUGUUCUGGAUAACUCUGGGUUUGAACUUGUUACAGAUCUAGUCUUCGCUGACUUCUUGUUAUCCUCUGAAUUAGCUACUGAGAUUCAUUUUCACGGAAAAACUAUUCCGUGGUUUGUGUCUGACGUUACAGUGCGUGACUUUAAUUGGACAGUUGAACAUGUGAAGAGUAGUGAUCAGGAGUCUACAUCCACCUGUGGUGCUGCCUGGGAAAACUAUGUUAAGAUGGGUAGAUGGAUUUACCACGAUCAUAUAUUUUGGACUCUGCCUCAUCCAUAUUGUGCGAUGGCCCAGGUUGCCCCUGACUUGUAUGCAGAACUACAAAAGGCAUGCCUUGUUUUGUUCAAGGGGGAUUUGAAUUAUAGGAAGUUGACGAGUGACAGAAAGUGGGAGUUUACUGUUCCAUUCCAUCAGGCCCUGAGUGGCUUCCACCCUGCGCCUCUGUGUAGCAUAAGAACAUUAAAGGCUGAGCUUCAGGUUGGUCUACAGCCCGGGCAAGCUGAGCAGCUCUCGGCUUCUGAUCCCCACUGGCUGACCACUGGCAAGUAUGGAGUAUUUCAGUUUGAUGGUCCACUUUGACUCUGCUCAGGAGUUCCCAGUUAAUCUCCUUUCAGCUCCAGAAAAACAGUGCGUGGAUCUAGUCCUGCUCCUUAACAGCCGUGGGAACCCCAUUUCUCAGCUCCUAUUGCUCCCUUACACUGUAGAUGACGCUUCCUUGGAACAGUUCCCCAUUGCCAUGUUUGGGAAGAUGGGGUUUUAAGCUAGUUACACUCUGCUGGAAUUUUCACCACUAUUUCAAGUUAAAUGCAUACUUGUAAGUGGUUUUAAUGAACUCAUUCUUAAUUGCAAAGAAUGAGAAAUGAAAGUGAAAUCUGCUUUUUAAGUUAGUUAAUCCUGCUUUUUUCUUCCUUAAACAGAAUGAUUAUUGAAUAUCCUAAGAAUCCUGCAUAUUAUUUAACUUAGUUUUGGCUCUUGAACUAAUGGCCUACUGAGCACAUGCCUUGUAACAGCUCUGUAGGGAGGCAUGUCCAUGAUGCUUGAACACACAGAGACAGAAUUACCUCAGACCUGAACUACAGCCUGCUCUCUUGCAUGCAUCUUAAGUUUUAAAAGCCUGUUUUCUUGCCUGACUUUGUAUUUGAUUGACCUGUGAUAUGGGUCAAAGCACAAACUGAACAUUGUGAAACAAGCUGUGUUUGACAGAGUGCAGAUGCGGAGCUUUUCCAUUCUCCUUCGAUGUCCACGUUGACGUCACCACCACACAGGUGUCCAGACGAACAGCUUCCGUUUGCAGUUCUAGAAGAGUGUCAGAUGGAAAAGCUUGUUUUGCGUUGUGUUCGAUACUGCCAAUCCGAGCUCAUUCUUUAUAUUACACAUUGUAUUCCUCACCUCAGACAUCAAGAGUCUGCAAAUCCAUGCUACUUUGUUUGGAAGCAAAUUGGAAACAAACCUGGAAAUGUUUUCUUGUACUGGAAUAAUAAAUGAAUUUUACUGAGAAA